UCUAAGUCGGUUGUUUCUUUGUGUUUCCGCAAGCUAACCUUAUACAUUCCAUUUGGCAACGAGUUCCGAUUCGCGUGUGCUAAAAAAAAAAUGUCGUUUUUAGGAAGUAUUACAAAUUUUGACCCACAGACACAAGAGUGGAUGAUAUUUAAAGGACGAUUAACACAAUUUCUAACUUUAAAUAACAUAACGGAUGAGGAACGAAAGCGGGCGCUUUUGUUAACACUUUUAACGGAUGAAGCAUACCGUCUUUUAAGUAAUAUUUGUCAUCCGAAGAAAGUAGAAGCAACUGCUUACAGUGAAUUGAUCAUAUUACUCGACGGCCACUACACUCCAAGUAGGUCAACCUUCGCUGAUAAAGCAAAUUUUUAUGAUGCGGUGCAGGCGGAAGGAGAAAGUGUCCAGAACUGGGCGGCUCGAUUACGUGGACUCGCAGUUUACUGUGACUUCGGCGCAUCUUUGGAUACGCUGUUUCGUGAUCGUUUCGUGUUGGGCUUGAGACCGGGACCGGCUCGGGACCGUCUGUGCGAGCAGAACUCCUCCGCCCUCACCUUCUCGAAAGCUUUGGAGCUGGCACAGCAGGCUGUGUGUGCAGCGAGGGCACGUACUGUGGUACCGGGCGUAGGUGCGGCAGCGGUGAAGGAGGAGCCCCUGUUCCGAGCAAGCAUGGGCCGGCCGGGCGGCGGCGGCGCGCGGGCCUCCGGGCCUGCUCGUGACCAGCCCGCCAACCGGUGCUCCGUCUGUGGUCUGAGAGGUCACGAGACCGAAAAAUGUCGAUACAAGAACUACCGGUGCGAAAAGUGUAAAGUUAAAGGUCAUUUGAAAAAGGUGUGCACGGAAAAAGUGAAUAACAUUGUGACGGAAGUGCAAUCACAGUCGGGUCAGCGACCUGAGACAUGUUCCGAUUGUGAGGAAUGCAAUCUAUUCAACUUGAGGUUCCCAAAUUAAGAUGGGAGGAGUGUCAUAUAUAUAAUUAGGUACGAUACGUUCCUGCGCGAGCGACUGACGAUUGACCGAUCAGUAAUAAAUUCGCUGUACUCUAA